AUGAAGGGAGACUAUGCCGCCCUGAAGGCUAUGGAUCAGCCCAUGGCGUUCAACCGAGGCGAGGAGCUCCAGAAACUUGAUGUUCGUCGCCAGAAGGUCAACGUCUGGGUUAUCGGCCUGGCGCUCACUGGGAUCCUGAUAGCCGUCAUCGAGAACGAAUUGUUGUGGCACAAUCGCAACAUCCCCGUGAUGUCCUUCCAACUGAUCAAGUUGCUCAACUCUGGAGUUACUCUCAUUUUGUUCUAUUCCAUCCUCCAGUAUUAUGCCGUGGAAUUCGAACUUCUCGAGGUGUCUGGGAAGACUGUGAUGGGAACCAGUUACCUGCAGGCUUUCAUCCUGUCUGGACUGCUGAGACCUUUUCUUAUCGAGACUGCGAUCAUUCUUAUCCAUCCGCUUCCCUUUGUGAACUACAUCGUUCACAUCUGGGGUUUGGACACCUACUGUGCCUACAGCAGUGAUGGGUUUGUCACUGUAUUCAUGAUGCUCCGCUUGUAUCACUACACGCCAAGGAUCAUUGCAGAGGCUUCAGGACUUCGCAAUGAGAAGACGCGUCUCAUUGGUCUGAUGAACAAUGUGGACAUCUCCUACCACUUUAUCGGCAAAGCGAUGCUCCGUGACUCUCUGCUCACUCUCCUCUUCCUCUUUAUCGUCUCUGUGGUGACUCUCGCAUAUGCCACCAUCGUCUUCGAGCGUCCCAUUGGUCCUGACACGAACCUCGACCUGUUUGAAAACUCCGUCUGGCUUGUGAUCAUCACCAUGACAACUGUGGGAUACGGAGACAUCUAUCCCAAAACGCCCAUGGGCCGAUAUGUCGCUAUCUUUGCUGCUCUUCUUGCAGUCGUCUUGGUCGCGUUGGCUGUCGGCGCUGUCACCGACCGCCUCACCCUGUCACGUGAUGAGUCUAAGGUGUUGGAAUUCAUUGAGAAUAUCCGGAGCAAGCAGGAGCGCAAGUCAGCAGCGGCUCAGAUGCUCCAGCAUGCCUGGCGAGCUUACCAGUCGCAGCUGUCAAAGAAGCACCAGAAAGGAAACAAGCAUGCGUACGAGAGCGGUGUGGGGGAGAACAACAUCCUUUACGAGCCGCUCUUCUACAAGGCAGCACUGCACUACUCUCAGAUGCGAGCUGAGAGCGUCAACGGCAUCAGCACUGACGUGGCUCUGACGGUGACGGAGAACGCGGUCGGGAUCAAGCACAUGCAGAACCAGAUGGAGGAGCUGGAGAGGAAAUUGACCGACAUGCACAACAUGAUCAAGACCGCUGUGCUAGGCGGUGCUUCGACCAAGAGCACCAAGUGGUGA